GACACCUUCUCGAUGUCAUCUUCUUGGCCGUUGUGGGUCUGUCUACUUUUCCUACCUUUCAUCUAUCUUUGUUAUGCAUAUCUCAAUCGACCUCUCAAGUUCAGGCAACUGAUAUCAUCUCCGCCUCCUGGACGUAGCGUCGUUCCUAAACCUGUGACGUCGGCAGUCACGAAAAUAAAGCAGCCAUAUGAUGUUUUUUUGGUCUCCGACUUUGAAGCGACUUGUGAGGAAGGCAAAGACUUCAUGUACCCUAACGAAAUUAUCGAGUUUCCUGUAUUCCUGAUGAAGUGGAAAGACAAGACGGAAAACGAUCACGCCAGUCAACUCGAAAUUGCUGCUGAAUUCCAUAGUUUUGUCCGACCUUCCUGGCGGCCUCAACUCUCAGCGUUCUGCACAGGCCUCACAAAUAUCACACAAGAGAAAGUCGAUGCAGCACCCGACUUUCCGAGGGUUCUCGAUUCUCUCCGCUCGUUUCUGAUGAAGCAGGGCGUAAUCGACAAAUUCGGCAGGCGAAAGCUCAAGUAUUGCUGGUGCACCGAUGGUCCUUGGGAUAUAUCACACUUUGUCGUCAAACAAGCUUUCAUCUCCCGAGCCAGUGAAUGGUUAGCUGGCGACUUUGUCGAUGUUCGUCAAUUAGUGCGGCUUCAUAGUGGGACGAAAUCGGACGCUCCCAAGGGCAGACUCAAUAUUCCUGCUCAAUUGAAGACUCUCGGACUGGAGCCGUUUAUAGGCAGGCAGCAUAGUGGGGCCGAUGACGCGCGAAAUUUGGGUCGGAUAUUGACCGAAUUGGCUGUUGAAGGAGUCCAGUUACGGCCAAAUACCUCGGUAAAUCUUCGCAGGCGAUGGCCGUGGAUGGGCAAAUUUGGACAAGUACUUGAGGAUCACAUUUAA